AUGGCGACCGCGUCCACUCACGACUCUGGGUCCGAUCAAUUGCCGACGAUUCGGUUAAUGAAAAAUAAGCGCCGCACGUUCAAGGCGCAAAUCACGAUUAUUGGUAAGUCGCUCGAAACUUACCAGGAUUCAACAAAGGAGCGCGAUUCAACAAAAUUGCAAAGACAAUUUGAAGGAUUCAAUGAAAUCCAAGAUGAGAUGGUCACGGCCAUUACGCUGUUGCAAGAAGCUGAGCAGUCCACGACGCAGCAUCCUUCGACAGCACCGAGAACCGCGAACAAAUCGCCAGCGUCUUCAACGUCUUCAGCCGCGAUCGGACUCCAUCUCCCGAAGAUCGAUUUACCGAAGUUCGAUGGUCGACUGGAAAAAUGGAUCGUGUUCAAGGACGCUUUCCAGACCAUAAUACACGCGCAUCCCGGACUGAACGACAUACAAAAGUUGCAUUAUCUACGUCUAUCAUUGUCGGGCAAGGCUGAGUCCGCCAUCGAGUCCUUUACGAUCAGCGAGGAUAAUUACAAGACGGCUUGCACCAACUGA